AGGGCCGCCUCAGCGGGCGGGACAUGGCGGGGACGCGCCCGCGGCGCUCGGCCUGAGGACGAGCGGCUCUGCCCCAGCCCCGGGCCGCCACCGGGCCGUCCUGCCCCGCUGCCCCAUGGCCAUGCACGUCUCCUGCAACUCCUGCCUGUGCGAGCCCCGCACCCCCACGCCGCGGUUCUGCCUCACCAGCUGCGGCCACGUUUUCUGUGAGGUUUGCCUGCAGAAAGGCAAACAAGAUGAAUGUUUGGUCUGCAGGAGUGCUUGUCGUACCUUAAUCCUUUCAAAAGAGACAAGUCCUGAUAUUCAAUCACUGUUCAUGCCAAUAGAUGUGUUAAACAAGAAAUAUUCAAAAGAAAUAUCACAGAUUUCAGAAUUUCAAGAAAAAUAUCGUAAGCGUUUAUUAAAAUACCACAAACAAAAGAUAGCAAAGCUGGAAGAGUCUCUCAAGAAAGUAACACAACAAAUUCAACAGAUACAAUGUAUGAAACCUUCUGAAAAAACUACACCACUGCCAUUUUCCAGUACGAGCAGAAAUCCAUCCAUUCCUUCAAGAAAACAGAAUGUUUAUUCUUCAUAUUCUCUUCAUUCAAGUCGUCCUUCCACUUCUGAAACGAUGGAGGCAAUGGAGAUUGAUCCUGUACCUUCACCAAUGAGGAAACUAGAGACACCAACUGGUCCAGCAAGAUUAUCAGUAAUAACUCCACCACAGGAUGGACGUAUGGGGUGUGUAUCCUACAGGAGUUCUCAGAUAGCUCGAAUAAAGCCAAGUCAGAGUAUUGGAACAGAAUCUACAAGAUCCACCCCUGUGCUGAGAUUACCACAUAGUUCUUGUCCAUCAUCAUCUGGAUCCCAAAGCAGUCAAAGGGGAUCAUGGGCUAAUUCUGAUUUCAGAACCCCUCAGCUAUAUCCAUUUACAUCACCUUCCCCACAGCUGCCUCUGUCCAGGCAGCCAAUCACCAUCUCUGCACUUCUGCAAAGACAACAAGGAUCAACUAAUAUAGGAGGACGUUCAGCAGAGAGAUGAGCAAACAUCUGUGAAUUGUUUUGGUUAAGAAGCAUCUGGAGAAGCACUGCAUAGUCUCUGGAUAUCCAAGUAUUUGUAACUUCCACAUUAUGGCAAAUUGGCACAAACCAGCAAAUAGUUCAGCACGAAUACUGUAUUUAAAACAUCACUGAUCUUUCUGAUUAACAUUUACUGAAGUUUUAGAUGGGAGUGCAAAAUCCUCUUGUUUUUCAAAAUUCUGGCUUCAAAUAUAUUGCAUAAAUAAGUCCUUCAUUACCUAAGUGUUGAGGCAAAAUGUGAUUAUAUGUUGCAUGAGCAUUUUUUUUGCUAUGAAUGCAUUGAGCUGCAGGGUAAAUAAUUGUGCCUGUACAGUAUUAUAGAUUGACCUUAAUCCUAAAAAAAAAGAAAUUUCUUUAUGGAUUUUUGAUUCAGAAUUCCAAAGUUAAGUUCUUACUCAAUGCAUCUCCUUUGUUUGCACUCUUGAAAAGGGGUGAGUUUUGAGGGAUAUGACAUUCUAGCAGGCUCUGCUGGGCUCAGAACACAGUAUCUGUUCCAUAUUUGUAAAAGUUCACCAUUUGAUUUAGGUAGCAAGGAUUUCUUCCCAAAAUGGAAUUAAAUGGGGGAACUGGAAUGAAGAGACGAAACACAGUGAAGAGUACUUUUACUUUUGCACAAGAGUAGCAACUGGAGACUCUGAAUGAAGGGUGCCAGAAUUUUCUUUUCUGAGAACAACUCUGAAAUUCAUAUGCCCUCCGUAUGUGGCAUAAUUUUGGUAUGACUGAGUCACCAAAUGCCUUUAUUUUGUUUUGACCCCAACUUUACCUGGACUGUUUUAAGUAAAUUAAAACUAAAAGCUGGUGUGUUUUUUUGGGAUAAAGUUUCCUGAACAUAUAUAUAUGAUAACUUUCUUUUGAGUUGAAGUGUUUUACUUUUCAUUUCACAAGUGGAUGGGAGAGAGAAGACUUAAUGAAAGGUUCAGGAGUUGAGAUGAGAACUGUAAGAGGUCAUUGACCAAAUACCAUCAUGGUCAAACCACACUCAACUUGAGGAUAAUAAUUGAAUUUAUUAGUAAGAAAAUCACAGCAAGUUAAUAAGAAGUAAAAUUAAUAUUAAGAAAACUUUCCUCCCCACCCCUCCCUCCUUCCCAACUCUACCUCCACCCCGAGAAGGGCAUGGAGUCAGAGAAAGGGAGUUACAAUCAGUUCAUCACAGGUUUCUUCCACUGCUCUUGGAGAAAGGUCCUUGCCCUGCUCCAGCAUGGGAAUUUCACAUUUGUCUUAUUUCACUGUAUAGCUGCCUUUACUUUUUUUUUUUUUUUUGCCAUGGGAAAGUUCGUAGAUUUUCUCCUCCUUGGUAUUCUUAUACUUCGGAGUUUAGCUGGGAUCUCAAAGUCAACUUCCUUCCAAGCAAACUUCCAGUCCAAAGAUUUAGUUUUACAGUGCUACAGACAUGUUCAAAUAGAGGUAGUGAAACUCUUAAAGAAAUUCAACUCUCCUUUAGUUCCAGAUGAGCUUCAAUAGCUUGAAAAGUGAGGCUGGUAAGAAAUUAUUGCAAGAUUUGACAUUAUUUGUGCCCCAGUGGUUUUCUGUUUGUUUGCAUCCCAAGAAGGGAUUCUCUCUAAUCUUUCAUCACACUGCAGUGUUGUCAUCCAAGUCUGUGAAGUCAUACUGUAGCUUUUAUAAUUGCUAGAAGAUGCAUUUUGCAGCCACAUGGAAUACUUUGCUUUUACUGGUUUUGUUCCUCUUCCAUCCCACUCCACAAACCCUCAUUAAUUGCAGAAUUGAGAUUCGUGAAGCUGAAAAUUUGUGUGUAUAAAUGAGCCCUGUCUGAAAGAAUUUGUGUAGAAAAGAGUCAUACAUGCUAGAUCUACAAGAGUCACAAUAAAAAAGAAUCACCCUGUCA